GUCGGAUCCAGUUUGGGGCGCGUUGAUCAGACUCGAGCGCAUGGAUUUGCCAUGAGGUCAGACCGAUCAGUACGAGGCGCGCAGGAAGAAUGUGAAAGAGAUCCUGGGGUGCCGAAGUACUACUUCCUAAGGACCAGCAAGCCAGUGGCCAAGCAGAAGCUGGCCAGGAGCGACAGCAGCCCACAGCUGAGUGCGGCCCCCGCGGCGCCAAGACGGCGCCUGGGUGGCGCCGGCGCCUUGGCGCUGAAGCCAUCUCUGAGCCUCGCGCGCCUGGCGGAGGACCUGGCGCCCGCCCUCUAUCACGGCGUUUCCGAGGAGCUGCCUCCAGGCAUCCAGGAGUGUCGCUCCAAGCUCGAGGCCUUCCGCAGCGCCGCGGUUGAGGCCAUCUCCUUGGAGGCAAUUGUGCGACUAGAGCAGAAGAGGAAAGAGGAGCCAGCUCCAUCGCAAGCAUCAACCCAAUCCAAGCUGAUGGCCACAAAAAGACAGGUGGGAAUUGCACCUGCGCCAGAAGGCCCACCGGGCGUGGACGAGGUCAGGAGGAAGCUCAUGAUCUUCAAAGAGCUGGUUCAGCAGGCUGAGGCACAGGAGGCGAGAGCAGGGCUCUGAGCAAGCUGCGCCCCAAAUGGGGCCGCCUUUGCGGCUUACAGCCUUUGCGCUUUAUCCAAAAGCAGGCCCUGAAGAGAAUGCGGCCAGAGA